CAACACAAAAAACGACAUCACACAUGAUUCUUGUGCUCUCUCUUAUGCUUAUCAAUAAUAAUUGAAUUCAAACCCUACUUUGUCUCCAACCAGUUUUGAAUUUUGAUUUAGGGUUUUCAGUUUUCACUGCACCCAACGCCGCUAUUCACCACCACCUACUAAUCACAUUUAAUUUAUUUAUUAACUAUUAUUGGUAAUUAGCAAUUUAGCAUAUAGCAUAGCAAAAUCGGAGGAAGAUGCUUUUGUUUUCGUUGCGUUGCGUAGCUUAGCAGCGCAGAGAAGAAGAGAAGGAGAAGGAAUUUAGAGCCUGCUUUUCUCUCUCUCUCCAUACAGAGUCAUCGGUCAAUUCGCUCUCUCUUCCUCUCAUAAUUUAGUCUUCUUCUAUUAUUCUCUGCCUGCAUCUCAUAUGCAUAUUUGUCUCCAGAUUCUCCUAGUUGGAAAAGAAUUUCGUUCACUCUGGCCGCUCCAAUAAAGUAUAAGUAUUCUCGCACCUCGAGAAGGGUGUGGGGUGAUGACAAGAAAGUAAUUUUGCUUUGUGUCCUACGAAGAUCAAGGUCAUCGGACAUUUGGAGAUUGUGCCGUGUUUCAGUGGGCCUCACUCUUGAUUAUGGCUAAGGUUGCCUUUCAGGGUGUCCCCAGAAGCUCUUUCUAGUUUUCUAUUGUUUUCGGCAAAAUUUAGCAUCUUUGAUUAAAGCUUCUGGAGAAAUUGAUGAGCAAUUAAGCAGCACAAAUUGUUGUUGAUCUUGUUUUUCUGCCUUCAAGGAAGUUAUAUUUGUAUAUGUAGAGCUCUCAGCAUCAUUGCAGCAAUGUUUAGUUUUUCUUGUUUCCAUGCUCAUGUUUCGGUAAACAAGCCAAAGAAAACAGUUCCACCUUAUACUGAAGAAAUGAUGAUGGCAUUGAAAGGUGGUCCCCGAAGUAAAGUCUCUAAAGGUUCAUCUGUUCCUAGAAAAUCAAAUCCAAAAGCAGAACAAGAGCAUAUGCAAUUGAGUGACAAUGAAACAUCUAGCAACUGGGAUCCAGUUGAGCGCACUUGUAAGUCUGAGGAUCUGAAUAGCGAGUUUUCCUUUGAAAUCGACGGAGAUGUUCUGCAAACCAUGGGUCUUAAGAAAAGCCACUCUCUUGAAACUGGACUAUACCUCACUAAUACCUUAACUGAAUCUGACACACAUGUUGGUUUUCCUUGGAUUGACUCCACUAGAAGCCAGAAUGAGUCUCCAAGAUCGAUUUGCAGAAAGGAGCAUGAUCCCAGCGAUCAGUGUAACAAGAAUCCCGAGUCGGAGUAUCAGUUCAGUUCAGGUCUUGUCUCACCUUCAGAUAGAGAUGCUUGUGAUCAUUCUGAUACACCAUUAUCUAGUGAAUUAGCUGGUGACUAUACCGAUCGUUCCGGUCCUGGCACCCCAUAUUUGAAGAAGUCACGCUCUCUGCCCAAUGUCAGAGCUUCUAAGGAUUAUUCUGGAGAAGACACUUUCAAACAUCAUUCUUCAAAAUCAAGAUCUUCCAAUGAUCUUCAUGCUUUAGAUAUGGGGCAAAAAGAAUGUAGAGAUGAAGAAAGAGAGAAUGAAUUCAGAAGAGAUAAUGAGAUUCAUAUGGAGAGUUACCUUGAUGAUGGUUUGGAUUCUUCUCCGCUUUCUGAUUCAGCAAAAGACUGGGUAAUGCCAGUUAUGGAUGAUGCAAGUGAAAUCAAACCCCUUCAACGAGCUUCCUCAGAUGAUUGCUUCCUUUCUGAAUUUACUAACGCAGAUUUUAAGAUUAAACGAAUUGAGGAUUGGGUAAUUGGUCUGGAGGAUUGUGAACCACCUCUAGAUGAAACAAAUGAGGUUCCUAAACCUGUUGAUUCCUUAGUUGAAUCCAACAUCACGAUUGGGGUGACUGCAGCUGGCACAGAUCAAAGGGCCACUCCAGGCAUGGAAGCUGCUAAAAGAUAUAUAUCUACCCUUGGUGCUAAUGCCUCUGCUGCCCAGCUGGUUAAUCAUGGAUUAGUUGUGAUCCCAUUUCUGAGUGCAUUUGUGAGUUUGAAGGUGCUCAAUUUGUCUGGAAACGCUAUUGUGAGGAUAACUGCAGGUGCUCUUCCCCGGGGCCUUCAUGUUUUGAACUUGUCAAGAAACAAUAUCUCUACUAUAGAGGGAUUACGCGAACUUACAAGACUUCGUGUCCUAGACCUUAGCUACAACCGUAUAUUAAGAAUUGGACAUGGCCUUGCAUCCUGUUCAUCUCUGAAGGAGCUGUAUCUUGCCGGGAACAAGAUCAGCGAAGUAGAGGGUCUACACCGUCUCUUGAAGUUAACCAUCCUUGAUCUCCGUUUCAACAAAAUUUCUACAGCCAAGUGUCUAGGCCAACUUGCAGCCAACUAUAAUUCACUACAAGCUAUCAGCUUGGAAGGCAACCCGAGCCAGAAAAAUGUUGGGGACGAACAACUGAAAAAGUAUCUGCAAGGCCUUCUUCCCCAUCUUGUCUACUACAAUAGACAGCCUUUAAAAGCAAGCUCUUUGAAGGAUGGCACAGAUCGUUCAGUUCGGCUAGGCAUUAGUUCCCAUCAGUCUGAACGCAGCCUUAGAACGGAUCGCAAGACAUCAAGGAAGGGCAGCCAUGGUACUGUAGCCUCUCGGAAGCCAUCAGCCUCUUCCUCACACCCUCGCAGAAGCCAAGGGGUGGAGACACCAAAACUGUCCAAAAGCAGGCAAGCCUACCCGCCACCAAUCAAAACCAAAGCAUCAGCCCAAAGUCGCAACCAUUUUGAUGUUCCCAGCACCAGCACAGUACCAAACUUGGGAGGCCUUCCAUGAGCCUGAUUCACGGUGUGGACACUCUUGCGGUAGGUCUGAGAGGCUGUUCCAUUGGAAAAUUUGAUUCCCUCACUGCAUUUCAGUUAGUACCAUUUUUUAUUUGGUUUGUGGUUUUAAUCCCUAAUAAGCAACAAACAGAGAUUGUGCUUCUAUUUUAUUUAUCCGUGUGUGUUCAGUACGCUGUUCCAAACAUCAUUGGUAAUUCAUCCGGAGAGCAGUUUGGUGCAAGUUCAUUGCUGUGUUUUCUCCUAUUCCUAGCAAAUGUUACAUUCAUAAUUUUAGUACUUUGUUAAAUGCCAAUAUAGAUAUUAAAUUAUUUAGUUA